CAUUAAGCCAUGGCUGAAACACCCACUUCUUCUGGAAAGCACAAGCGUCUUCCCAUUCUCUCACCUUUCUAAGGCUUUGGUGCAGUCAGCCGUCAACAGCGGAGGAUGAAGCCUAGACUCCUGACUUUGUAUUUCUCUGCGGUCACUGUGCUGAUCCCAUGCCAUGGAUUCAGUGUGGAUACUGAACAUCCAGCCGUCUUCCGGGAAACAGUGAAGAGUUUUGGCUACAGUGUUGUGCAAUUUGGAAGCGGUGCAAAUGCCGGGGUGUUAGUAGGUGCUCCACUUCAGAGGGGGGAUGUGAACGAAACGGGGAAAGUCUACAAAUGCCAGGCGAUAUCAGGCAAAUCAGGCGGAUGCCAGGAGGUAGUUUUCCAAAGACCCACUGAUGCAGUCAACAUGUCUCUUGGUUUAUCUAUUUCGGCCCAUGAUUCUCAAGUGUUGGUGUGUGGGCCCAGAGUGCAUCAAACCUGUGGGGACUACAUAUAUCUCAAAGGUUACUGUUUCCUCUUGGACCAGAAUUUGAGGCAGACCCAACGCUUUCCUGAUCAGCUGCCAGAAUGUGCCAGACGUCCCGCUGACAUUGUUUUUCUGAUUGACGGUUCAGGAAGCAUAAGAAACUAUCAGUUCUCACAAAUGAAGACAUUUAUUUCUGAGGUCAUGAAGCGUUUCCAAAAUACAAAUACUCAGUUUGGCUUGUCCCAGUACUCAGGUACAUAUCAGGAACACUUUGGCUUGUCCCAGUACUCAGGUACAUAUCAGGAACACUUUGACUUUCUUCGUUUCAAAAAUACCAAGAAUUCCGAUGCUUUGAUUAGACCAAUCGAGCAGCUGCGUGGAGCUACGUUCACAGCUACCUAUAUCCAGAAAGUGGUGCGUGAAAUGUUUCUCCCAGAAAAAGGAUCCCGCAGUGGUGCAUCUAAAAUUCUCAUUGUGAUAACUGAUGGAGAGAAAUCAGGAGAUCUUCUAGAAUACGAUGAAGUGAUUCCAGAAGCAGAAAAUGCUAACAUCAUCCGUUUUGCUAUUGGGGUCGGGCAAGCUUUCUCAUCAGGAUCUGCAAAGCAGGAACUCAUUGAUAUUGCCUCAGCACCCCCUGUGGACCAUGUUUUCUCUGUGAACAACUUUGAUGCUCUCAAGGACAUCCAGAGCAAACUUCAGGAUAGAAUUUUUGCCAUAGAAGGUACUCAGUCCCAAAGCACUGGCAGCAUCUCUGACUCCUUCCGUUUAGAGAUGUCCCAGGAAGGGUUCAGUGCCUUACAGACCCCGGAUGGCUCCAUAUUGGGAGCAGUUGGAACCUAUGAUUGGUCUGGAGGGGUCUUCCUUUACAAGAGCCGUGGUGAUUCGACUUUUAUCAAUAUUUCCACCGCUGCUAAUGAUCUGAAAUCGUCUUAUCUUGGUUAUUCAAUUCAGGAAGUUCAAGUCAAUGGACGGAGAAGCUAUGUGGUGGGGGCCCCACGUUACCAACAUGCAGGCAAAGUUGCCUGGUUCAGCCAGGAGAAAGGGCAAUGGAAGCAAAAGUCAGAGCUGUCUUUAAAGCAGUCCCCCCAGAUUGGCUCGUAUUUUGGGGCUGCCCUGUGUGCUGUGGACUUGGACAGAGACAGCAACACUGACUUGGUCCUCAUUGGAGCACCGAUGUAUUAUGAUGGCACUGCAGGAGGAAGGGUCUAUGUUUGCCAAAGGCAGGGAGAAACAUUUUUCUGUGGCAAGGAAUUGCAAGGGGAGCCCCAUCACCCCUUGGGCCGCUUUGGAACCAGCAUAGCAGAGGCAGGGGAGAUAACUGGGGAUCAGUGGACGGAUGUAGCGGUUGGGGCACCAAUGGAGGAUGAGAAUCAAGGAGCUGUGUACAUCUUCAAGGGGAAGAGAAGAUCUGUCAACCAAGCGUUCAGCCAGCGCAUCAGAGCUUCUCUCCUUGCCACCAGGCUGCAGUACUUCGGCCAGGCUCUUGACGGGGGGUCAGAUCUUUCAGGAGAUGGGCUCCCCGAUGUGACUGCUGGGGCUGAGGGACAAGUGCUGCUCCUAAGAUCACGACCUGUGCUCAGGGUAGUGGCCAGAAUUACCUUUACCCCAUCUGUCAUCCCCAUCUCUGCCUUUGAGUGCCAAGGCCAGGAAGUGCUGAACAAAGAAAUCAGCCAGGCAACAGUCAACUUUGAAAUCCAGAGAGACCCACGGUUUACCUUAGGCACUGACAUUUCAAGCACCAUUCGGUAUACUUUGACUUUGGAUCCUGGUCGACAAAAAGUGCGAGCCGUUUUUGACCAAGGUUCGGGCUCGUCUACCAUCACAGAAGAGAUGAAGAUCGGUGUGAGACCAGACUCCAAGAACUACCGCAUAAAAUUACCGACUUGCAUAGAAGACAGCCUCACACCCAUAAUUCUCCAGGUGAAUUAUACCCUGAUAGGAGACCCCAUCCCCCGUGCCAACAACCUGCGACCCAUCCUACAGGAAGAUGAACCUAAUCGGCUUACGGCAUCACUGCCCUUUGAAAAGAAUUGCGGUCAAGAUGGAAUUUGUAGAGACCAAUUAAAAACAUCCUUCAAUUUCUCUGGCCUGAACGAGUUGGUAGUUGGCCUAACCCCUGAACUCAACGCUACUGUUUUCAUCCGGAAUGAUGGAGAAGAUUCUUACAGCACCAACCUGACUUUCUUCUAUCCAUCUUCACUGUCCUACCGCAGAUUUGUGCUAGUGCAGUCCAACAGAAGAUUUGUGGUCAUUAAAUGCCGCUCUGUUCCUGCUGCUGAGGAGGUCCCUGUGAGGAACACCACCUGUGACAUCAAUCAUCCCAUCUUCCGGAGCAUGGCCGAGGUGAUCUUCAUUGUUACCUUUUCUGUUUCUCAAGAUGCAAAUCUAGGAAGUGUGGUACAAAUCAAUGCCACAGCUGCCAGUGAAAAUGAUGUCACCAUCACAAAGGACAUGGUUCAUCAAGCGGAGCUGCCUGUCAAAUAUGCAAUCUAUGUUUUCAUCAAUGCUUUGGAUGAGUCAACUAAGUAUGUUAAUUUUUCUGCUGGCCAGGAAGAUGAAACUCGGGUUGUGGAACAUCGAUACAAGGUGAAGAACACGUAUCAUCGAAAAGUUCCUGUUGAAGUAACAUUUCAGUUUCCUACAUUGCUGAAUGAGAUGUGGAUUUGGAACGCAUCCUUGGUUGUCCCUUCAGAGUUUCCCCAGGUUAUUUGUACCCCUAGAAAAGAUACUCCAGGAUCCAAAGAGUUUGUGAAGCAGCUAAGCAAACAACCUGUUCUGGACUGCUCUGUAGCCACCUGUAAAACAAUCACUUGCAAUAUUCCAUCCUUGGAGCUCCAACAACCUAUUGAGUUCAAGAUCAAGGGGGACAUUGACUUCAAGUUGUUUUCCCAGAUCCAGCAGAAGAAAGUGACUUUAGUGAGCUCUGCCCAAAUUUCCUACGAUAAGAACAAAUACAAGCAGAAAGAGGGCUUUGUGCAGAACCAGGUGAAGACCACAGUGGAGUUCUUGGAGCCCUACAACUACCUGCCCAUCAUUAUUGGCAGCAGUGUGGGCGGCCUUGUCCUCUUUGUUCUAAUUGUUGCUGGUCUCUAUAAGCUUGGAUUCUUCAAAAGACAGUAUAAACAGAUGAUUGAUGAGGCAGGAGCAGGAGAAAACGAGGGAGCUGGAAAUCCACCAGACACCAGCACCCCUUCCGCUGCUACUAAAGGAUAACCAACUCCCUUAUCCAUACCUUUGCUACAGACUCUUCUUUUAGCAUUCUGACUGUUAGAUGGGUCGUCGUGCGCUGAAGAAGAGAGAACUGCUCCAGCAUGUACCUGAGAUGUUCAUUUCCUGUACAAAAGGAGCUUUAAUGGUAGUAAAUGGCAGGCUAGUAAACUCACCUAUUCCCAUGUUUGAUAUUUAUGGUCACAUUGAGAAACUUCAUCCAGCUGCAGGAUCCCAUUGGGAAUGGAAUGAAAUAUAGCAGGUCACAUUCUUUUGUAAGCAAGUGUUUUGUGGGGAAAUAUGCAUAUUGUGGAUAAGGUUCUGGUCCCUCUGUCCUGGUGAGGAGCAAAAUCAAGCUUAUGCUAAAGAAAGGAGAAAUGUUUCAUUCGUGUUUAAAUGCAGACUUAUCCAAUUAUUAAAACUUCACAGUUCUCUGAAUUUUGCAUGCAGUUUGCUAAUUAAAAUAUAUAAUAGAGAUAAGACUUUACGAAACACAUAUAUUCAGGGAAAUGCAAUAUAAUGCAAAGAGGUGCUAUAUCAUAGGCAAUUGUUUGCAAAAACUAGGUAUA